AUGAAGGGAUAUUUUAACCAGCGCAUCUUGCAUCCAGGACCUCCGAGAUUUAUGGCCCUUUUGCGAGAAGGCUCAGUGUUGGAACUUACCUACCCUACGAUCAGGGAUGUGGCAGAAAAACAGCAUUUCCUCAUCCUCCGGCAGAAGUCCAUGCGCCAACAGUCCAUCUUCGUGUACUUGAGCACUCUGGCGGUGUUCGACUCUCUUGUCCUCUACAUCGGCCUCCUCCGGCUCUGGCUGGGGGAACUCACGGGCUCCGACAUACGGGACGAGAGCCGGUGGCUGUGUAAAGUGAUUGUGGCCUUGGGGUAUACCUGCAGCGACGUCUCUGUCUGGCUUAUCGUGGCCGUGACCGUUGAGAGAUACAUCGUCGUUUGUCAUCCUCUCCGUGCGCCUACCUUCUGUCAGGACACUCGGGCUCGCAAGAUUGUGGCGGCCAUCUUGCUCGUGUUCAGCCUCGUCAAUGUUCACUUGUUGUUCAGUACAGAUCUCGAACCAGUACGCUCGGAGACUAUGGCUGGGACAGGCUCGGCAGCCUCUGUGGCAGCGGACGACAAGAUAUCUCCUGGAGACGGCGGCGGGGGAGAAGUCGUCAGGUACAAGUGUGGCGCCGUGCCAGGCUAUCAGCUUGUGGUCUCCUUCGUUUGGCCCUGGGUGGAUGCCUUGCUCUACGGCUUUGGCCCUUUCUUACUCAUCAUUAUCUUCAAUUGUUUUAUCUUGUAUAAGAUUUGUCGAGCAUCUCAGUCCAGGGUAAAGCUCCUCAACGGCCGUGAUCCCCGCAGCACACUUCCUGUCAUUGACCCCAGCAGUCUGCGCAUGACUGUAAUGCUACUGUCCGUGUCUUUCACCUUCCUGCUGACCACUCUCCCCAUGAACGUGUCCAGCAUUCUGGCCAGUGCUUACAUCAAUCGCGCCGGCAGCUCGGACCAGACAAAAGCGAAGGGCAUCCUUUUCGGAACCCUCGCCACCCUCCUCAUGUACUUAAACCACUCUGUCAACUUCCUGCUGUACUGCGCGACAGGCAGGAAAUUCCGAGACGUGGUGCGACGUCUGGCGUGCUCGAUCUUUCGUCGGAGGGACGCGACGCCUGCUUUAGACCACAGCAAUCAUCUGUUCUGCUCGCGAAAGGGCGGGGCGAGGUACAAUGACGUUCAGAGGUCAUCAAACAGCCAGGAGAGCCAGGUAUGACUAGCACGACGCGUUGAGCUUGUGACGUUUUGUGCUGGACUGCUGCAGGACCACGCCCUAGCUUAUUCCCAACUGUUGGAGAGCCAGGUGUAAGGCUAAUCCAGGCAUCGUCUUAAGGCUGGCCUACGUAGUCCCUUCUGGACAAGCCUUCAGCCUCGACCUCUGUAGGCCAAAUUAUGUCCAUCUACAAUGGUGGAGAAAGAGGCCGGCUGGCAGGAUGGCAAUAGGGAAAAACAAGCCUUCUUAGACGCAAAAGACUUUUGGCGCUCAGUGCAGAAGAAACGCUUAAGUUACUUGUGUGAUGUCAUUUGACAGUAAGCGAAUACUGUGUUUCUGCAUCGCUCUACGAUAUUGUCAUAUUUGACUGGGAUUACACGGGCUCAACAGGCGCCAAUAUAAGGAUGUAAUAAUGGUUUGUUGUGGCGGAAUUCGGAGCACAUAAGUAAAGAGAUGAGAAGAGUGGGUCAGUGAAUGGAUAUCGGUUAAGAGACGCGGUGGAGUGAAUUGUGAUGAGUGCCUUGAGACUAUUGACGGGAGAUCAAUGAAUUGUGAGGCAGCGUGGUGGAAUCAGGCUCUCUUCAAAAUAAUCAACGUGAAGAAACUUGCAUUUUUCAGCAGGUUUGUUGGCUCAACAUCGUUCACGCUCACUAAAGAACUCACUUCUGCGUGGAUAUUUCUGAAAAAUGUUGAUUAAAGGUACAACAAAAUAUUUUUUCAGUUACCACGGACUCUUAAG